GGACUUUAAAAAUAUGCACAUGGCACUAUUUGUUCCCCCUUCACGCCACAUGUGACAAACCAAACGUUGUGUGGCAGAAGGUUACCCGUGUUCAUGGACAUAGUUCUUAACUAGUUACGAAAGUAUUCAAAAGCGGUAUUUAUUUUAGAUGAGUAUGGAAGCAGCUGAAGAUGACCCUCAGUUAGGCCUUUCUUCUGAAGAGGAAGAUUGUGAAUUAUCCGACGGAGAGCUUCAAGUGGCCUUUGCUAAAGGUUGGCUGAAGCCUGGCUUAAAUGUAGCUCAACCGGAACCAAAGGCUACAGUCAACAAAACGGAGGCAAUGAAACAGUGCCUGUUGGAGUUCCAGAGGGAUUUGCCCUGGGUUGAAAGGCUGGACCUGACCAACAGCCCAGCAACUGACAUUGUUGCCAAAGCCGAGGGAACGCUGACUGCACAAAACACUGAAGAUAUCAAUGCAGAGGAUGACUUCCAGAGGGAAAUGUAUUUCUACCGCCAAGCACAAGCAGCUGUCCUUGAAGCUUUGCCACGGUUAAAGAAACUGAAGAUUUCCACUAAACGGCCAGAAGAUUACUUUGCAGAAAUGGCCAAGACUGAUCAGCAAAUGCAAAAGAUCAGAAAAAAGCUGAUUAUGAAGCAGACGGCGAUGGAAAGGUCGGAGAAGGCAAAGGCCCUCAGAGAGCAGAGGAAGUAUGGCAAGAAGGUUCAAAUUGAGGUCCUCCAAAAAAGACAGAAGGAGAAGAAGGCGAUGAUGUCGGCUGUGAAGAAAUAUCAGAAAGGAAUGACUGACAAACUGGACUUCCUGGAUGGAGAUCAGGGAAAGGGCAAGGGCAAGAAUGAAGCCAGAACGCCAAAGGCAGCAACGAACAAGAAAGGUCCCAAUGCGAAGCGAAAGUUCAAGGAUCAGAAGUUUGGUUUCGGUGGAAAGAAAAGUGGAUCCAAAUGGAAUACUAAGGAGAGUCACAACGACGUGUCGGGAUUCAAAGCCAAGGUGGCUCAUGGGAGAGGGAAAAAAUUUGGAGGAAAGCAGAAACCAAAUAAACGCCCAGGCAAAGACACCCGCAGAAAGAUGAAGAGCCGUUCAAGAUAGGCAGCCCUGUCAACAAGUUUAAUUAUUUUAUUUUUUUUGAUAAUUGUUUUUAUUCAUCGGUCUGCAUUUUCUCUUCUGAGAGUCCAGCCUUUGCAGCUACAUACAUUAACAGCACGUUUAGUUUAGAUGGCUGGGCUGGAGUAUUAGGUGUGGACUGCGUCAGAGACUCUGCAGGUGAUUGAUAUGCCUGAGCGUGCUUGGAACAAUCCCUUGUGUUUCGAUAAAAUCUUUUCUUGUAAACGCCCCCCUUUUUUUAAAUGCCAUGGUUCAUUUCGCGGUACACUCUAAUGGAAAGAAAAUGGAGGACAUGUAUUUCAAAGGACAGACGGUUCAGUGGUUCCAGUGCUUGCUUCACUCAAAUGUAUUUGAUCUGUGUAAAUUUUACAAAUGUAUGCAUUUCAUUUUGUACAUGCACAGCUAAAGUGAUGAAAAGAAGUUUUAUUAAAUAAUUGUAGAGCUAA